CCUGCAAGCUGAAUCCUGAAGACCCUUGAUCAUUUGCUGUCUGUGGUGAUUCUGGUGGAGUUGGAUACUCGACUUGAGCAUAAGGAAACUGGAUUCAUCCCUGCUGGUGUCACACACUGAAAGCCACAGUCCACUGGAACACGAUGACAGCCAUCUCCCCAGACCCUCAGACGCUGUCCCUGAGUGAGCCAAACUCACUCCUAAAGAUGCAGACUCCUGAGAAUGGAGAAGUCAGCCUAAGAAGGUGUGCUGCUGAGCUCGAGUCUUUUAGGGAGAGGUUCAGGUCUUUUCGCUACUCAGAAGCGGCUGGACCCAGGAAGACCUUGAUCCAGCUCCGGGAGCUCUGCACUCAGUGGCUGAAGCCAGACAUCCACACAAAAGAGCAGAUCUUAGAGAUGCUGGUGCUUGAGCAGCUCCUGACUGUUUUGCCAGGGGAGACCAGGGUUUGGGUAAAGGCCCAGCAACCUGAGAGUACUGAGGAGGUGGUGGCCCUGAUAGAGGACUUGACCCAAAUGCGUGAAGAAAAGGAAGACCCAAUCUCUCAAGAACCUGUUAUUUCCCAAGAAGAGAGCCCUGAAGAAGAUAAAACGCCCUCUGUUGUUCCGAACGCUGAGUCCCAGGGAUCUGUGACGCUCAAAGACGUGGUUGUGAGCUUUUCCAGAGGAGAGUGGAGAAAACUGGAGCCCUUUCAAAAGGAGCUUUAUAAGGAAGUGCUUCUGGAGAACUUCAUGAAUCUAGACUUUCUGGGCUUCCCAGUUUCCAAGUCAGAUUUGCUUUCUCAGCUCCGGUGGGUUGAACUGCCAUGGCUGCUGGGAAAGGACGUCUCAAGACCAGAGUCUGAUCCUAAGGGCGAGUUAAAGGAUCAAAAUCAAGAUGUUCUUAUGAAAGAAUCAACUUUCGAUAAAAUGCUGGAAAUACUCCUGAGGGAUGACGCUCAUGAUUUGGAGAGACAAGCCUGGGAAGAUGGCAGAGUCGAGGAGGACCGUGACGACAACGAACACUCCCAGAAAGCAGUCACACAAAAGGAAGCUCAUGGGACAGACAGUACAGCUGAGGGGCUUGACCCAGAGAAGCUACCCUCUGGAAACAAGUGCAAACAGAUGUCAGACAUGAUGAAGGUGUACUUAAGGAAGAAAUCUCGGAAGUAUAAUGAAUGCAAGAAGCCCUUUAGUUUUCAUUCAGAUCUUAUUCUGAACCGCAAAGAACACCUUGGAGAAAAAUCACGGAAAAGCAGUGAAGGUAGAAAAGCCAUGAGUCAUUCAUCAGCUCUUACUGAGCAUCAGAAAGCUCAUUUGGGCGGUACUUCGCAAGAGUGUGGUAACUGUGGCAUAACUUUUACUCAAAGUUCAUCUCUUAUAAAAAACUCCUCUAUGUGUGACAAAUGUAAAGAUUUACAUAAAGACACUGCCUUAAAUAAAGAUGAUGGAACUGAGACUGGAGAAAAAAACCACACAUGUAGGAAAUGUGGAAAAGCCUUCAGUUAUAGUGCCUCACUGGACAGACAGCGGAGAAACCGCACCGGGGAGAAACUCUGUCUGUGCAAUGAAUGUGGAAAAGCUUCCAGGCGUCGAUCUCUCAAAGCACGCUGCAGAAGUCAGAGUGGAGAGAAGCCCUACAAAUGUGACGAUUGCGGGAAAGCUUUCACCAUGAGUGCCCAUCUCCUCAAACAUCAGAGAGUCCAUACUGGAGAAAAGCCUUAUAAAUGUAAAGAAUGCGGGAGACCAUUCAGUGACACUUCCUCUCUCAUCCAGCAUCAGCGGAUUCAUACGGGAGAAAAACCCUACACAUGUAACGACUGUGGGAAAUCCUUCAGUCAUAGCUCAUCCCUGUCGAAACAUCAGAGGAUCCAUACUGGGGAGAAGCCCUAUCAAUGCGGCGAGUGCGGAAAAGCCUUUAGGCAGAACUCUUGCCUCACCCGACACGCAAGAGUCCACACUGGAGAGAAGCCCUAUCUGUGCGAUGAUUGUGGAAUGGCGUUCAGUCACUUCACGUCUGUGAUUUAUCAUCAGAGGCUUCAUUCAGGCGAGAAGCCCUACAAGUGCAGCCAGUGUGAGAAGGCUUUCCCUACCCACUCCCUGCUCAGUCGGCACCAGAGGAUUCACACAGGCGCGAAGCCUUACAGGUGUAAAGAAUGUGGGAAAUGCUUCAGCCAGAGCUCCUCUCUUAACGAGCAUCGCCGGACUCAUACAGGAGAGAAGCCCUAUGAGUGUAACCACUGUGGAGCGACCUUCAGUCGAAGUUCUAUCCUUGUAGAACACCUAAAGAUUCACGCUGGGAAAGAGUAUGAGUGUAAGGAGUGUGACAAGACUUUUAAGAGCAAUUCCGGUCUCAUCAGACAUCGAGGAUUUCACUCCGCUGAGUAAUUUCAGAAUGCAGUAAGGUGGGGAGAAAUUUGACUAAGAUGGUCUCUUUUAAAAAAUUUUUUAACAUUUAUUUAUUCCCUUUGUUGCCCUUAUUGUUUUAUUGUUGUACUUAUUGAUGUCGUCACUGUUGGAUAGGACAGAGAGAAAUGGAGAAAGGGGAAGACAGAGAGGGGGAGAGAGAGACAGACACCUGAGGACCUGCUUCACCGCCUGUGAAGCGACUCCUCUGCAGGUGGGGAGCUGGGGGCUCAAACCAGAAAUGGUCUCUUAAAGAAAACCCUGGUAUGUAAACCACUACAGUAAUCAUUAGAGUUGUGAUCUUCAUGAUUUAACUGCUGGAAAUCGUGUAUUUCCCCCACUCACCCUCCUCUUCACAAGGAUGCCAUCUUUUGGUAGAUUGCAAUUCGUGUUGGUAAAAUCAUGCAGAAAAUGGUAUGAUUUGCUAAAUAAUCCUUAAGGGCCCAAUGUGAGUUUAAAGAGCAGAGGAGCGUAAGCAGGGCCCACGGGACUGAUGUAUAUCUUCAGUGCAUUUCCCCACUACACGACACCAUGGAGUGCACGAGAAAGUCCUGACUGGAGUCAGAUAACCCACAGUCUGCCCCAGUUCACCAACCAGCAUGCCAAUCACCUUGGGGAAAUCAUUUGACCUUUUUAAGUUUAGUGUCUUCACUGGAAGGAUGAAGGAGUGGGCCUAGCCAUUUCUGAUUUUAUUUUUAAUCACUAUCUUGAAACUGAGAAUGAGUUAAACAUUUUUAGUUAAUCAGAAUUUUAAGUUUCUCUAGCAGAACAUUACAAUUUUUAACUUGUAGUAUGUGGAGAAUUAAAAAUUGCCUUUUGACUACCUGAUUCUUGAAUCUCUAGAAUGUUACAAACAGGAACAAGUCAGUGAAUCUCAGACAGGUUUACCUUCAGGGAGUGCUUUGAUUGUACAGAGGAUUCUAACUGGCUUUUCCUUGGACAUCUUAGCUGCUUGGAAUUCAUGCACCUGUAUUGAGGGCAGGUACCUGAAUCAGCUCAGUGAUGAAAAUAGAAGUCCUAGGCAAACAGAUUAGGGUUCUUGGAGGUGGAGGUGAAGGUUAGAGGAGGAAAUAGGUACUGAAAAUAGCCAUUCUGGAUGGAUUCUCUUGUAAAAUAGAAAUUAUGUAUAUAUGCCUAUACUAAGUAGAUUUUACUGUGUUUGUAGUUUAUCCUGUAUGGCAAAAAAUGUCAUAAAUUAAUAUUGACAUGAUCUUGUUGGUCAC